CUCUUCCUUCUUCCCUUCCCCCCCACCGCCCUUCCUCACUCACAUCACAAUCGGGACAAUGGGCAUGACCUGUCAUCAAGAGAAGGUCCCUGCGCUGUUCAGUCUGUCAUAUCUGAACCGCUAAAUCCCGAUUUUUCUGCGUCAUAAGUAGAGACGCUAAUGUACUGCUCGGCAUCUCGCAUGGGUUACCAAUUCGAGCAGUACAUCCACCCUUACUUUAAUUCCAUAAUACAUACUAUUACCGUGGGCCCCGCCACUCAACAUGGUCUUCUGCGGGAAACCGAGCAAAGGCUGCGGCGAAUGUCGAUCGCGAAAGAUCCGAUGCGACCAGGCCCGGCCAACGUGCUCUCAAUGUAUCAAAGGAAACCGGCUGUGCCCCGGAUACAGAGACGAAUUGUCGCUGAUGUUCCGCGAUGAAAGCCAGCAGGUUGUCCGAAAGGCUAAGGCUGGAAUGACCGGACGGCGGUCUAAAAAGUCCCCUAAGUCCACUCGCAUCGCUUCCCCAAGCGGGAGUAGUCCCCAAGGGACAUCCGUUUCUUCGUCCCUAGGAAGUGACAUCUUGGAUUUCAACGAUCUAUCCGAUCUCCAGUCACCACCACAGGUGGCAACACACGACACCGGGCCACUCUCUCCAAAACUUACAGCCCAUCCGUCAUACCAAUUCACGAAUGAUGAGGCGGUUUGCUUCUUCCUCCGGUUCAAUGCCUGGCCCGGGGCCUAUUGGGUAAUGGAUUUCUCGCCGGAAUUCUUUUCAAUGCCAGAAACGACCCUGAGUCAGCAGGCGAUGAAGGCGAGUCUGGUUGCGGUUGGGACUGCCAUGAUUUCGCGCAUUCGACAAGAUGGGCCGUUGAAAAUUACCGCGGAGAAAGAAUAUGGCAAUGCCUUAAAUCUAAUGUAUACCGCCGUAAUGGAAGAGGAGGAGGCUAAGUCCAACCCAACCCUUGCUGCGGUUCUGUUGCUGGCCAUUUUUGAGGUCGUCACAAGUAGAGCCCCCGGUAAUAUUGAGAAGUGGACAAACCAUAUAUAUGGUGCCGCGGCAUUACUCGAAGUGCGAGGUGCAGAGCAACUGCGAGACGAAAACGGCCUGAAGCUCUUUGUUCAGUUAAGAUUCCAAAUUAUCAUCAGCUGCCUCCAACGGGGGAUGCGGGUUCCCGAGUCGCUGAUUGAUUGUGCAAAAAUCGCCAUGUUCCUGCGAACGAAAGCGGACGCCUAUGGCGACCGCUUGAUUGGCAUCGCUGGCAGGCUGUCCAAUCUACGAUCAGAUAUCAAUAUGGGACUUCUGGUUGAUCCACAAGAGAUUCUCUCUGCUGCUUACGGAAUUGAGGCGGAGCUAAUGGCAUGGAUUGCAGGCUUACCACCAGAGUUCUUGUACACCACUGUCGAAGACCCAACAUUGUCGGACAUUUCGUUCAACAUGUGGGGCCAUGGGCCUCAUCCAUACGAUAACAAGUAUCACAUAUACAGUGAUCUCUGGCUCUGUCAUACUUUCAACCAAUAUCGUUGUGCCCGAAUCAUUGUCAGCGAGAUCAUCUUGAGCUGUCUGCGACAACUGUCUCUCAAUGCGCCGGCAGUCGCAAUAUCCAGCGAUCUUAUAGACCAUUGUACCAGGCUUCGCAAUACAGCCCGUCAGCUCGCCAACGACAUUUGCGCCAGCGUCCCAUACCAUUUCAGUGUGGGAAACAUCGCGACGGAGCCAUUUGAUAGCCUGCCCGUGAACCAAAGCUACGUUGCGGGCUUGAUUCUCCUUUGGCCGUUAGUCCUCGCCGGGGCUACGGAGUCAUUGAACCAUCCUUUGCGAAGAUGGGUGAUUUCCUGCUUCUGGCUCAUCGGACAUAGCAUGGGCAUAGACCAGGCUCUAGCUUUGAUUGAAAUCCUGGAGUCUGAAUCGGGUAUCUUUGAUGGUGUUGGGGAAGGCGAUGAUGGCAUUUUCUUCCGUGAAGCCAAUUCACUAGCAACUAACCGAGUCUUGGUAGGGACGUGGGCUUCCUGAAUCUCUGUUCCUGUCAUGCCAUAUAUACUGCAUCUUCUAUAUACGCCCGCUUAAUAUUAACGAAAAUACCCCAUGUAUAUUCACGCAUAUCGUCAUUUUUAUGGAUUCUCUUUGUCUUCGUUUAGCUGGUUGUGCUGUACGCUGUCUUUAGAAAAAGGUCUACCAAAGGGCAAUUAUUAUCAGUUCCUAAACAUACAUGUAUAUGAAUUUCUCUAUGAAGGUCUUUUUGUUAUUUAGUAGAAACGACGAAGGAAGAAAUGGUUUCUCAUGAUUCGUGACCAGAUUAUGAAUAUUACCAUAACAAA